CUGCGGCUGAUGUGGAAUCGGCCAUCAGGACUCCCUUUGGAUGGCAUCCCGUUGCCUCAAUACAUUUGUUACGGCAAUUUAACAAUGCGAAAUCCUGUGGCCUGUACCUCCUGUAGAAGCGCAAAGCAGAAAUGCAUCCAUUCAGAUGCUCCACCUUGUGACCGGUGCAGGCAAACGGGCCGCGCCGAAGCAUGCGAAUUCCCUGCGCCAGGCACAUCCGCUAUUCAUCGCCGUCCCAAGAGGCCUCGACACGACUCUGACUCUGCCGCAAACCCCUCGUCGGCCGCGCUGAGUCCCCUGAACGGCGCCUGUGGUGUGCCGACCGGCGGGCCGAUCUCCACCAAUGCCGCCCCCAGGCUUUCACAUCCUUCGCCCGCCUCUGCGUCAUCUCUCCUGGAAGGUCUGGAUCCCUUUGAUCUGCUUACCGAUGAGGUCAAGAAUAGCUACCUGCGAUGCUCCUACAAGUGGAGCUUCCAUCACACCCCAACAUUGCUCCUGCGCAUCCGGGACAGGACCUUGGAGAUAUGGAUGGCAUGGGCGAUCCUGGCAUUGGCCAUACGCUUUGUCAAGGAACCUCCGCCACCCUUCAGAUCGCAGAUUGAGGCCAGCAAUGCAUUUGCCGCCCACGCUCGACAGAUCUUACAGUCUGACCUCGAAACUCCCAGUAUUAGCCGCGUCCAAGCAUUACUGAUGUUGACUGGUCACGACUGGGGUGCUGGCAAUGGGAGGCGGGCAUGGAUUUAUCUGGGCAUGGCCAUACGCUUGGUCGAAGUCAUGGAUCUGACUCAAGAGCUCAAAGCGCCCAAAGACCGGAAACCUACACGCGAGGAGUUCAUCGAAGCUGAAGUACGUCGGCGAACGGCUUGGACAUGCUUCUUGAUGGAUUCGCUCUUGUCGGGUGGAAAGGGGCGAAGAAGAUCCCUAGCGGCGGACGAUAUGGACAUUCAACUACCAUGUGAGCGCGAGAGUUUUGUCUUCGGCGAACCGGUAUGCACUGAGAGCCUCAACGGCCGAUUGCUCAUGCCCCCUCUUUCGUUGGCAGUAGGAGAAUUGGGCAUCAUUGGCUAUAGUCUGCGAGCGGCGAACAUCUGGGGAAAGGUGGCCAAAUGGGCGUGCUCACAGGAACUCAAAUCACAGCUUCCCUGGGAAUCCACGUCGCAGUUCCGACAGCUGAUACAGGAGCUUGAGGACUGGAAGAACACCCUUCCUGUACGCUUGCAGUACGACCUUUUCUCACUUCACAGCCACAAUGCCGUCGAUCAAGGCCAGGCAUACUGCUACAUGCACAGCAUACACUUUAUGAGCAACAUGUUUCUUCAACGAGCUUAUUUGCCCGUCCUUGGACCUCAGGUCCACUCCGAAGAGGCGCCCGAGUCGUACAGCGAAUUCAGUGACCAGUGGAAAGCGUGGCAGAAAACGUCACGAAGGGAGCUGUUCAAAGAGGCAAACCAGGUACUGGAAAUGCUGGAAGAGAUGCGCACAUUUGGCGUCUUCUUUCUACGAGGUCUGGUGCCCUGGAUUGGAUUCACCAUAUACACGGCUGUGGGGGUGAUGCUGUACAGCUUUCAUUUUCCUAGCCCCGAAGAUGACCCAAGACUCGCGCAACAGUCACGGGAACGCGUCGUGAAUGGAUGUGUAUUCUUGAAAGAGAUGAACAAUCAAUGGCCUAUGUCGGAAACUUGGUUCGAGACAAUCAAACGUAUGCAGAAAUAUUAUCGCUCUGUGCUUGGGCAAGGCGACUCAGUGUCUCCUGAUGAACGGCAAGUACUGCGGCGAGCCAUGGUCGACUAUGGCGCCUUGCAACCAUCGCCAGUGCAGAAGCCCACGGAGAUGAAAUCGGAUAUUCCAGAGGCACACAUUCUUCGCCCACCAGUCUCCAACGAGGUAGCAGCAAUUGCAAGAGGAGCCACCCUCGCUUCUCCGCCCGUGUCCGCACCCACACCCAACGAUUAUAACACACCAAUCAAUUGGAACUUCAUACAAAACAUCCCCCCUCUCGAAGAAGACACGUCCAACAUGACUUUUAACUUCUCGAACGCAGAUAUGGAAGAACUCAUGAUAAGCGCCACACAGGAUUUCUGGGCCUCGUUCCCAGGCGAAGUAGGGGUUGGCUUUCAAUAG